CCGCCGUCGCCUUCUUCUUCUUCUUCUUCUUCUUCCUCUUCUUCCCCGUCGCCGCCGCCGCCUGAAACGAUAUUUCCCUCGCUCUUUCCUCGCAUCCGAUCGCGAGACCCGCGGCUGAAAUCUCUCUCUCCCUCCCUCUCUCUCUCUCUCUCUCUUUCUCUCUCUCUCUCAUGAAACUCUCGCGUAAAUCGGGAGGCCUUAUCUCCAUCUCUUCUGCUAUUUUCGUUUCCAGUUCCAAUAUAGCUCGGUCGCAAGCUUGACGGGGAUGGGGAGGGGGAAGAUAGUGAUACGGAGGAUCGACAACACGACGAGCAGGCAGGUGACGUUCUCGAAGCGGAGGAAUGGAUUGUUGAAGGGCGAGGAGCUCGCCAUCCUGUGCGACGCCGAGGUCGGGGUCGUCAUCUUCUCCAGCACCGGCAAGCUCUACGACUUCGCCAGCUCCAGCAUGAGCAAGGUAAUUGAGCGGUACGACAAAUUAAAAGAAGAGACUGAUCAAUCUGCGAGCCCAAUGGCUGAACUUAAGCUUCUACAGUCUUGGAAUUGGCAGAAGUAUUAGAUACAGGCAGGGAUGAAAGAAGUGGAAAGUGUAUCUCCCAUCACACAGCCAC